AUAAUUCCCCCUGUUUUACCAUUGUAAUAAUUAUGAAGCCAAAAAGUAUGAAACCUAAGGGUAUAAAAGUGAUUUACAAUCUUUACAUAUUUUCAAUCAAACAUUUACAUGAGGAUGUAUACUAACAAAUAAGGCUGAUUUAAUAGACAUUUAUCCUUACUUUAUGUGGAGUCUAUUGUCUACAUACUAAAUAUCCAUCAGUAUGAAAUAUUUAUAGGAUUUCUUCAAUUGGGUUAUUCGGACUAUUUACUACAACUUCAAAAUGGCUUGGAUACUUCACUGUUUACUAAACAGUAUCCUAAUUUUACCAGUAAUUUCUGAAACAAUUUCACAGACUGAGUACAUGGUGCCCCAAAAAGAAAAAACAUCCAUUGGCAAGCACAUUGUUUUUGAAUCUUUACCCAUCAUACCUGAGAAUCACAAAGUUACAGGGGUUGCCUGGGUGAUGCAAGGUUACCAUGGUAACACUGAAAAAAUCCAGCUCGAACUGGAUGACCAAGGAGAACUUGUAGGACUUGGUUUUUCAGGUCAACAUCCAAAAUACACACGUUAUGGUUUUCAAAAAGUUGAGAAUCAAUUUUCUCUAAAUAUAUACAAUACUCAGAUAAUUGACUCAGGUACCGUUAUGUGCAUCAUAACUGUUGAAGGGGAAGAGGAAUAUAACAUUGAAACAUCAGGACGGCUCGUUGUUGUACCAGGGAAGACCAAAUAUAAAAGAGUAUAUGCAGGGGAUGAUGUAAUUAUUCGUUGUGAGGUUCCGUCACUUGUUCCACUUGGUUGGAAAACACAUUGGGUGCGCAUUUGGUGGCACGACGACAAAGAUAACUCCAAAAUGAUAUACAUGGCAAGCUUUGGACAAAAUGUUCGCCAGGAUAACUGGACAAGAUUUGAUAGCACCAAAUAUGAACUUUUAAAUCCUAAAAAUGACAAGGUGUUUGAUUUACGUAUAAAAGAUGUACAAGCAUCAGAUACAGGAUUCUAUGUAUGUAACAUAGCCCAGCGACCGAUGGAUGCCUCACAAAAAGUCUCUGAUGACAAAAAUCUUUACUUUCCAAUCGGCCUUAAACUUAAAGAGGAUAAUAUUGCAGGAAAGAAAAAGUCAAGAUUAGAUGAUGGUACGGACAAGGUAAAAUGCAAAUGUAGGAGCCCCAAGCCAAUGCUGGAAGGAGAUGGAGAAACAUUAUUCACAAAUGGGUUAAACUGUGGCUCAAGGGUUGAAUGGAGAUGCAGAGACCAAUCUUUGCCAGUAUAUACUGAGCCUGUAGCAUCCCAGAAAUGUGUCAAUGGUGUAUGGGAGCCAGAGUUUGAAGGCCUUCCAUGGUGUGUGUUUUACACAAAAGAGGAUCCAUGUAAAGAAUUCAUCGAACGUGAUAUAUGUAAAGCAGAGUCUAAAUGUAUAGUUGAGGGGGAAACUUCAGAUGCUAAAUGUAUUUGUAAACCCAACACUAAUGGGGUAUUCUGCCAGAAACAAACAGAGUGAAGGUAUAAUCAUCAUGAAUAUAAACAUAGCGUUUUAGCUGCAUGGUGAAGUUUCUUAGCUGCAUGGUGAAGUUUCUUAGCUGCAUAGUGGCAUUUUACAGCUGCAUGGUGAUAUUUUAUAACUGCAUGGAAAAAUUUAUAGUUUAAUAGUGAACUUUUAUUGCUGCAUGGAAUCAUUAAUUUUAAAGUUGCAUAGAAAGAUAUUUCAUAGCUGUUUAAUAAAAACUGCUUUGUCAUCGUAACAUCAGCAUUGAAACAAUAUAUAUUAAAAAACAUUUAUCUUGUAAUCGAAUUAAUAAUACAAAAUACAUUCAUUAAUCCACUUAAUAAAGAUGUUGAUGU